GUGCAUUUUCCCCUUGUUUAAGCUGUAUAGUUCGAUUCUGAAGAGAGAUGAUGUCGUCGUCGAGAGAUAACUGGGAGAGGCUGGUGAAGGCAGUGAUUAAGAGAGAUGAGAUAUGGCAGCUUUGCCACCAGGACUCCAUCUCCACCAUUGCAUCCGACACUCCGAGAACCUCUUAUUCCAGUGGAGACUUUCUCAGAAUUCCGAGUGAUUUGUUCAAGCGUAUACUUGCAUCACGGCCGCCUCAACCUCCGCUUGAAGCUAGGGGACCUAGUACAAGGAAGCUAUUUCCUGCUUGGCUUUGGAGGAGGAAACCCAAGGACUAUGAUCGGUCCCAAGAGGAUCAUUUUGGACUCAAGAUUUUACUGCGUGAGCUACUUGAUGCAAUAGACAGUUUUAGAAUAUCCUUGUUCGUGGUGGACGUGGGAAAGUUUAUAAAGGUCAACUAG